AUGACGGUUGGACCAUUUGAUCUGAGAAAGCGUCGCUCACGCUGUGUACAGUGCUCAAGCAGUCAUCUCAAGUGUUCGGGCGAAGUGCCCUGCGGCAACUGUACUCGUCGAGGCAAGGUCUGCUCGCCGCCCACACAAGACAACACGAUCAAGGUGACGACUAAGCACGCCAAACCGCCAAAUAGCCCAGCACCGCAACAGCAGGUGAUAUGGGCGUUGGCUCGACCAGUCGCGGUCGACAAGCAGUCUCUGUACGUGGUGGAAUUCUUCGACAAGUUCUUGGAGAGGAACAGCUUCACCGGCCGACCUCAGUCUUCAUUUCCCGCCGUCCGCUCGGUUCUAGAAGGCAACCAGAGUUUGUUGAAUGUGAUCUCUGCCAUUGGCGCGCUGCAGGUGUCUCGAUGGCGUCCGGCGACCUGCACGCGCAGAGACGCGCUCGUCAAUUAUCGAGACGCCGUGACUGCUCUGCAAUCCGAAAUCGAGUGUGCCGCGGGAAGUAGACAUGCCAUUGUCGGUCUGUCGUGGAGCACUUUGUUCUUAGGCUUAUUCGAGCUGAUGUACGAGAGUACCGGCGACGGAUGGAUUCGCCACAUGAUAUAUGGGACUUCGCGGCUGCUGCAACUGCUGACCCCUGAGGGUUGCUCCUGGGGGCCUGGCAGAGAAUUCUACCUUGAAGCCCGGAUCUUCGAGGUUGCUCGAUCGAUGCUGUUCGUUGAGGAAUCGUUCCUGACAACGCCUCCUUGGAAGUCUUUAACACUGACGGUAUGGUCGGGGACAUAUGCGAAAGAUUGGACGCCUCUGGAGAGCCUUCUGGACAUUAUGAUCACGGUGGCGGAUCUCUGUAUUCGGGCAAUGAGAUUCAUUCUGCCGAGAGAGAUCGACGGUGCCUGCGAAGUUGAUGUGGACCAGCUUCGUGCUUUCGCUGAGCAAGGCGCUGCAUUGAAGACAGAAUUGACGGCUUGGAGUAACACGGCACGAGAAUGGUAUGCUGAGCAUGCUGCAGAUGGCCACAAUUUCCUCUCUGCUGUGUAUUAUUCUGCCAUUUCCAUAUAUCAUUCAGGCAUCUACGACUAUUCCGAUAUCUGGCGUCACGCAGAGGUGACCACACCGUCUCUCCCUUCUUCCGACAUUCAGCAGCACGUCCGCACAAUCCUACAUCUCUCCACGCUUGCUCUUCACCAUACCAACCUGAGCAGCAUAGUUUUUCUUCUUCCGCUCCGAAUUGCUGGAGCGCGAGCCAAAUUGCCGGAGCAAAGAGCUCAGAUCAGGAAAUUGCUCAUCACCAUCACAAAUCCCUUUCGAGCCGCCAAAGCCAUAAUAUCCGAUCUUGAAGAAGUGUGGACCAAUUAG